AUGCGCUUCGUCAUCUCUUUGUCAAUCUUGUGUAGCUGCGUCGCAGCCCGCAUCGUUGGCCUCGCCGGCCCGGAAGUAAUCUCACCGAACGCCAAUAUCACAGUAUCCUUGAUCACCGAGAACUACAUCCAAUCAGUCGCAGAUAUUUCUGUGGCGUUCAGUCUGUCGCCAGCGGUUUACCGUGGCUACCUUGGACCACUCCUACUGGGUUCCUUUUAUCUCGGCUCAGCGCGCUCUAACGUGCUGAACAACGUCAACUUCACCGUUCAAACACCAUCGGAUCUGUCAGACGUGCACUACAUCAACGCAGCAGUGACCAGUCUGUAUGGCGCCAGUCAUGUCCCUAUUACGAUGAUCUGGAAUCUUCGUGUGGACGUAGGGAAUGCGACGAGCACGGCACUAGGCACCACCGUUGAUGGCUUGAAUGUUUGUAACACUGCAACAGCGACGACUUCGCCAGCCGCAACAGCCACUUCCCCACUACAGUGUUUCCGUGGUGUCGAGAAUGAAGGUCUGCAGCUCAGCAUUCAAGCCGGACUUGUCACACUCGGCACAUUGAUCAAUGACGUUUCGCAAGACUCGAACAUAACCGUGCCGGACGACCUCAGACAACUCAGUGGCCUACUUGAUGAACUGGCAGAGAUUGUCCUGCCUCUCAACGGGUGCAUGGUCAAUCCGACAGCGACGUGGCCGCCACUCCCAGUACGCGACUCAAGAGUCCGGGUGACACAAAUACUUGAAGGUAUGGUGAGCGGGCUGCGGGCACUGUCCGCUGCGGUAUUGCGAUGUGAUAUUGCCGCCGCAUCAUCGAUCAUCUGCCAAGUCGAACGGUUGUUCGUAGAUGCGAACGCGUAUUGGACGUCUCUGUGA